GCAUGGUACUCUGGCUCCAAACUCCGCGUAACAGAGGCCAGACAUCACUGAAGACAGAGCAGCAAUUAAGAAGCAGAUGAUGAUGGACGGUCCAGCCUUCUCUCUGGCCACCUCCCCAGCCAGGACGUACACGCCUGCACCCAGGGUACUGCCCACACCCAGGGACACCAGGUCCAAAGUGGUCAGACAUCGAGACAAGGAAGACGCAGACUGUUCGUUUGCUGCCAGGGGCCGCCGGCGAACCAACUUCUGGCCAAACUGAUAGAGGUUCUGCCAUAACAUCUUUAGUGCCUGGUGGAGGGAUUUAAACUCUGCUGGAAAACAAAAUAAGAAAUCAUGACUGAUCAUCUUUAAUCCAAGCAUUUGGAUGUUGUUUUUAACAAAAUCUCAACUGUUGCUUGUUACCAUUGAAGACUCUCUGGAGCCAAGAUGCUGGGGUGAAAGCCUGCUAGCUCAGAGAGGCAGAGAAAGCACCCAGCUGACUUUCCUUCUCAGAUCGUGUCCCAGGAAGAAUCUCCUCCCUCAAGCCCGUCUCCAAAAUGCCUUCAGUGUCCCUCCCUUCUACUUCCGGUGAGACCCCGAAGUAUCUACAGAGGAUUCGAACUACGUUUACUCCAGAACAAGUAGAGACACUGACACUCUCCUUUGACCAGAACCCAUAUCCAAGCAGCAAUCUCAAGAAGGAAUUAGCAUCACAAAUGAACAUAAAUCCCAUAGCUGUGCAGGUUUGGUUCAAAAACAAACGAGCAAAAUGCAAGAGAGUCAAAUUUGACAUUCAGAAGGUACAAAUGCACCCUAAGUCACUUCAAGUCCAAGAGCAACAACAGAAGUCACCUCAAGGCCUACAGCAGCAACAGAAGUCACCUCAGGGCCUAGAGCAACAACCGAAGUCACCUCAAAUCCAACGUCAGCAGUUAUUACAACACCAACACCAGCAGUUACUUCCAGUCCCACUUCAAUUGUUUCAACCCCAACACCAGCAGUCACCUCAACUUCAACACUAUCAGUCACCUCAACUUCAACAUGAACAGUCAACUCAAGUGCAACAACAGCACUCACCACAACUCCAAUACCAGCAGUCACCUCAUACUGGAGUCAAUGCCAGUCCAUCCCAGAGUGAGAAGAAUAUACAACCAGGGUCUCUUACCAGCAUCUCUCCUGUGGCCCAAAUUUAUACUAACCAUGAGAUACCCUCAUUCCAACUCAGUUUGUACUCUGAUCUUAAGAACUGUGAAUAUCCCUCUGUGGGCCACAAAAUGGUCCAUUUUGGUUGUUGCCAGGACCCUGCCAUAUACUGGCUCCAACCCAUCUUGAAGUCUCCAAAUCAACACUUUGGUACCCCAUUCCCUCAUUUUGCCCCACCCACACAAAGAAAAAAGAGGCUAAGAAGGUUAAUGACAAAUCAUUGA